UAACGAACGCUUAAUUCAAUACGGAUCGUCAACGACAGUCGAUAAGAGAGAGGUGAGGGGUAAAAAACCCUAGGGGGGAGAGAGAGAGAGAGAGACUCAUAUUCUCUGUUUUGAUCAUCGUUCUCUCCGAUUCACAUUGCAUUCCAAGAAUUUCCAUAAUCUUCAUCUUCAUCUUCAUCUAAAAAAGGGACUAGUGGGAAUUGGGUCAUGGAAAAUAUCAAGGGGUCAUCAAACAUCAGAAAUGCAAUUUACUAUGGAAAACACCCUCUACUUCCUCCUAAAAGUCCAUUUCCUAGUAUUUCUCCGAAUUUUGUUGAUUAUGUCCCUAGCCCUGCUAUUGGACCUAAAGGUAUUGCAAAGCACAGAGAGGUGAAUUCGAAUCACCAGCGUACUUCCUCUGAGAGCUUUCUGAUGGAGGAGCAACCUUCGUGGCUGGAUGAACUCCUUAACGAACCUGAAACACCUGUGCGCAAAGGAGGUCAUCGGCGUUCAUCAAGUGACUCCUUUGCAUAUAUAGAUGUAGCUAAUGCAUCUACUAUUGAUUAUGCAGUUCAGGAUGAGUACACAUUUAAAAAUAUGGUUUCAGUGCCUUCAUGGGGAUCACAAGACUUUGAACAAUAUAAAGAUGUGCAGCAUUCUUCUUUGGGAAAACCAAAGAAUCGGGCACGGGAUUUUUCUUUGAAUUCAAUGUCACAUCCAAGAGGUGUUCUUUCUGCUAGAGACAAUGUCAUUAUGCAAAGUUCAGGAUCAUCAUGUGUUCCACAAGAAGCAGAUUUGAUUCCAUCUGCAGCCACUGAAAUUCACGAUCCAAUUGAAUCUGGUCCUCAUGAUCCAAAAACUGCCUCUGAAAGGAAGGAUUCUGCUCAUGCUAAGCCUUCUACAGUAGAAACAGAUACAAAACGUGCUAAGCAGCAAUUUGCUCAACGUUCACGGGUCCGGAAGCUUCAAUACAUUGCUGAGUUGGAAAAGAAUGUGCAAGCUUUACAGUCAGAAGGAUCUGAAGUUUCUGCUGAGCUUGAAUUUGUCAACCAGCAGAAUCUUAUUCUGAGCAUGGAGAACAAAGCUCUGAAGCAACGUUUGGAAAAUUUAGCCCAGGAGCAGCUUAUCAAGUACUUGGAACAUGAUGUAUUGGAGAGAGAGAUUGGAAGGCUGCGAGCGCUGUAUCAGCAACAACAACAGCCACCGCAACAACAGCAACCAUCUUCGGGCCAUCGACGCACCAAAAGUAGGGACCUUGAUUUCCAAUUUGCAAACCUUUCUUUGAAACACAAGGAUGCUAGUUCUGGUCAUGACCCUAUUUCAGGCCCACUUAACAUUUGAACCAUGUGACGUAGCUAGCAAGCCGUUUGUGCUGUGCCGUUCCGUGACUUUGCCUCAACUGAUGUUUCCAUGCCAUUGACAAAUAUUUGCAGUUCCCGCUCAUGGUGCCUGCCCUCUUUGCUGAAGCUUUGCUUGUUUGACAUCUUGCCUUUCUGUUUUUGCUUUUAAUUUUUGUUUUUGGGUUUUUAAUUAAUAUGUAUGUGCACCUGGUAGUCAUGCCAAGAACUUGUGUUUUUGGCGGGUUGACUCACCGGAGGUGGUGACUCGAACAGCUUGAUCAUUGUUCAUCUCCCCCUGUAUGUUCCAGCUAUUAAAAUUCAUAAAUUUUCCUUAUUUUAUACUUUUCGUUAUGCUGCACACAUUGUUGAGGCUGUACUUCUAAAUGCAUUGUGCUAAAUGUGUAAUAAAAAGCUAUGCUUCGGAAAUUCUGUUUUAUUCA